AAAUGAUUCAUGCGUUUCAUUUGAAUUUAAAUUCUAUCGAUUUUUUUGUCGAUAAAAAAAUUGUGAAAAAAAAUGUCAUUAAUCAAUUCUAUAGCAACGAAAAUAUCAAUAUGGUUAACAAUAUUGGCCAUUAUUUUGUUAGCGAUUCUACAUUUGGCAAAUGGAGCACCACGAACAAUUCGUGAUGAUGGUGCUGGUGGUGGUGCUUUUGGAUUCGUUACAUUAGAUACCGGUGGAUCAGGAUUUGUUGGCAAUGAUGAUUCAUCACAUUCAUUUCGUAAUAUAAUUCAAACAAUAAUCGAUAUGGUUAAACGAAUGUUUGGAUGGGACGAUCGUACAGCAAUCGUACGUGAAGAUGGUACUGUUGAAUAUAUUGAAAAUGGUGGCAAUGGUUCAUUUUUAUCACGUAUUGGUCGUCGUAUAAUGUCAUUUAUAAAUAUGUUAUUAAAUAUGUUUAUGGGUGAUAAUUCUAUACCAGCAUUCGAUUUGAAUACAGCACGUUCAACAAUUAUCAAUGAAUUAGAUAAAGAAGGUAUUCAUCUGAAUAAUGGUUGAACCCAAAAAAAUAACCGAAACAACUAACCGGAACAUCCAAUGUUUUUUCCCACAUAUCUUAUAUCCAACAAACAAAAAACAAAA